CUCCGGGUACUUAUGGGUCCGCUGCUGAGUGCUGACAAGUAUACAGAGACACAGAGUACACAUUCAUCGGGAACAGUUCUGUCUUCCAGGAGUUGCCUAUGGGCAUUAAUACCAUUAAUAUUCACAGUUCGGUGUUUACCAAUAAUUUAUGCAGCCAUACAGGAUGUAUAGGUAGUAGGUAUAUACCACAUAGACGUUUAUCUAUUUGUAGCAGUGAACCUACAGUUCGUGGUUACUAUUGUUAGGUAGGUAUAGGUACCUAGGUCUGACAGAUACACCUACUUUACCUAUUUUACUAUAACUCGACGUCUCGACUCUCGAGUUUCAAUUCUUGACGUUAUUGAUUAAACAACAGUUUGACACCGUUGCACCGAUACUGCGUAUACCUAUCUACAUGCUGUACGUCUGCAAUGCGCGUUCACCAAAAUAUUCAUAAAUCAUUAUUUACUUUUGAAUGUUUAUAGUUUAUUAAUAAGCAUCUGUACACAAAUGCUAGUAAAUAUGAUUAAUAAUUCUAUUUCUAAAUCAUUAGAUCUUGUGGACGGAUCAUCUUCAAUAACUAUCGAGAAUUAUUCUUCAGGUGACCCAAGCGAGGGUACAGAGGUCAAUAAACAGACGAAACUCAUCAAUGCAUUAGAAGUUGCACAUCUAAGAGAUUUAAAAAAAUAUUUUUUUUAUUACGAUGGCAAAGAACAUCCAUUGAACAAGGACGAAUUCGUCGCAGCAAUAUGUUCGGUAACUGGUAAUAAUUUAUACGUAAAGGAGGCUGAUGAUUUUUUCGAACAAGUUUGCGUAGAAGAUUUUACUACAAAAGAAGAUGUUAUACUCUGGAAACAACUUUUAAAUGAAAUUCGAUACAGUACUUUUUUUUUUCAAGAUAUUUGGGACGCAUUACCUUUUGACCAAACUAAUAUAACCAUGCAUUUAAUGCCACACUGCAAACAUGAGUCCAUAGUCAAAGUGAUUAGCAUAGAAACCGAAGAAUUUUUUUGUUACACAGUUUUUUCUAGACUUGGCCAAGUGGGCAUCUAUGAUGGUCAUCUAAACUUACUAAGGGAAUACGUACUACAAUUAUCUCAGUGUCCCGACGUUUUAGUACGGGCUGCUCAUCGACGACGUAAUAUUUGGAUUAAUGAUGCAAUUUACUUACCAGAUGCUCAGUUCAUAACGAUUGCUGCAUCAGACGGUUCUAUCCAUUUUGUUGACACUGUUUGUCUAGUUCAUGUGCCAACUUUUUGUAUUACUGGAUUAAAAACAACGCCGACUUGUUUAGAAUACUGUCCUAGUAGUUCUUCACUUUUAUUUAUUGGUGACGAUAAUGGCAAUAUUACUCGAAUGGAAUUUCUCCAACCAAAACGAUCAUUAUUCAAACGAGAUCCAACGAAUAAAGUUGAUACAUAUUUGUGGAAAGAUUUGGAAUAUCAGCAAGAAUGGGUUAAAGUACACACAUGCGGAAUUCCAAUCCAUCCAGAUAGUAUUAAACAUAUUAUUUAUUGUCAAUCUGAUGAAGCUACAAUAAGUUGUUGCCAAGACCACAAACAAUCUCUAGUCAUCAAACAUAUAAGAGAUGAAUGGAAUCCAUAUGUAUUUCACAUUCGACAUGGUGUACGAUGUUUUCAUUACAAUGCAACACUUAAAUUAUUAGUUACUGGAUGUUCGCACACAGUUUAUGUAUGGAAUCCAGUAGUAACGAAAAUAUAUCUUGCUAAAUUAGAAGGGCAUACAAAUUCAGUUGUAGAUGUCAGAAUUUUUGAACAUUUCAAUCUUGUGAUUAGCAUUUCAAAGGACGAAGUACUCAAGGUAUGGAGUUUAAAUACCUAUGUAUGUUUACAAACAAUUCAAUUUGAUUUUCCAGUCUACAAUGUACUCGGAAAGUCAGUCGAAUUUAGUGCUCGGACAUUUUAUCCAGGACCAAUCAUCAAACAACCACCAGAAGAACAAGCGUCAUUAAAAUCCAUUGAUGCAAGUAAUAUAACUAGCGUGCAAACAAGUGUUUAUAUGCCCAAAGAAAAUUGGGAAUCUGAAGUAUUGAUAAUUGUUUGCUCUAACUAUUUAUCAACAUUAAAACAAAAUUUAAAGGAUUAUUCCCAAAAUCAUUCUCCUCUUCCUCCACCAAUAGAAGACAAAAAACCAGCGCUUCCAUCAGAAUGGAGUUUCAGUGAUACAGAUCAGAUUAUCACUGACGAAAUGUAUAGCACGUUAAUAGAAUCACCGAAGAUAGAUAAUAAUAAAAUAAAAAAUUUGCUUAUUAAAUCAAGACCUCCGUUAGACCAUGAGGCUUUUAACCUGGAUACACAUAAAAAACCGAUAAAUAAUAAAAUGAAGAAGCAUGUAGAUGAAAUGGUAAAAAAUGGAACACCUUAUUUAGCAAUGCACUUAUGUCCCGUGUAUAAAUUGGAACUAUCUAAGAAUUUGGUGUUGAGCGAUGCAACAAAAUCAAGGUUCCCGUUUAUGGAAAAAAUGGAUGAAAUAUUUUGUGAUGGGAUUGCAUAUGAUGAAAAAGUUAAGUCACCCGUGAAGGAGCAAAAUAAAGAAAAACCGAUUAACAUAAACAAUUUGAUGGAAAUUAUAAAUAAAUUGGAAUUAGAUGAAGAUGGUGAUAUUGAAAGAAUUAUAAACGAAUUUAUUUAAUAGUAUCCAUUCCUCACCAGUCGCCAUUAUGUACGAUACGUAUUUUUGUACUUUUUUUUUAUACAUUGUUUUGAAAUGUAUUAAUCAUUAAAUUAUUAGUCAACCCUAAAAAUUAAACUCACACUCCUCAUAGAUAUUAUGUAGUAUUUUGAUUUUUAAUUUUAUAUUAUUUUUUUAUCUGAAUGAUGAAAACUUUUUUCAGGUUGGAUCAAAGCUUGAAUUUUCAUUUUAUUUUAAAUAGUGCUAAAAAAUACUUUGAAACAACAAAUGUUGUGCAAUAUUUAAAUGCAUACUUUAACUUUCAUACUAUACAAUUUCCAUUAUACAGUGCUACGAAAGUACUGUCAAAAUGUCAAGUCCCUUUAGCUAUUAUUGUUCAGACUCUAUACGACCUAGGUUGAUCAGUCAGUCAAGACACGUUCGAUUACAUCAUAUAUAGAUUUGAUUUUAUCUUACCUUUUUUUAUCUCCCAUUAAUUAAGAUUCGGGUAAGUUUAUGCUGUAAAUCAAUUAAAUAUUGGUGAAUUAUAAUAACUUAUAUUUUUUAUUUGAUUUUUAGAUUAUUUUAGUUUAUCUUAAAUAACAAUUUAUACCUACAAAAUAGCCAGUGUAAAAAAGUUGUAACUAUUAUACUGUAUAGUGAAUUGCUUUGAUGAGACGUAUGUUAAGAGGCUUCCAUAUUUUAUCCAAAUUACAUCAAACAAAUUGUAAGCUAGGUAUAAAUCUCUGUUUGUAAGAUGAGUUUUGAAAUUUGUAGGUAAGUUCAUGGGUUCGAAGUUAUGUAUAUUUUGAGCUAUGUAUAAGAUAUUUAUAAUUUUUGAUUUUUUUUUUAAAUGUUGAUAAAAAUGUUUUCACUCAGUAAAG